AUGCCUGAAAACAAUGAACUUGAGAUAUCCUUUAAGAAACACUACGAACAGUUGGACUGUUCCAAUGUUAUGAAAGUGCCCUUUAAUAUGCGCUGCGAUUUCGUAAUGACAACGACAGAUUGUCAGCAUUUUGGUUACGCAAACUAUAUGAAUUUCCUAGAGUGCGGAUCGGGACGGAUCUCUCGUUUCCAGGAGACAUUGGCUUGUGUAGGAUUAGCUAUAAUCUUCAUUUAUUACAUUUCCUGCUUAGCGAUUGUGGCAGAUCAAUUUUACAGUCCUGCUUUGAAGGCCAUGGCCAAGAAAUUGCACUUGAGCGAGCAUCUGGCUGGAGUGACGUUGCUGGCCUUUGGCAACAGCACAUCGGAUAUUUUGGGUAACAUUCAAAACUCUCCAAUAGGUAUCAUAUUCACGUACAUGAUGUCCAAUGCCAUUCUCAUUACACUCAUCUCCGGCGGACUCGUCUGCUUGCUGUGGCCCACACAGCUGCCUAAAUAUGAGACCGUGCGCACCCUUCUCUUCUUUCUGCUGGGAACGAUGACUGCGGAGUAUUUUUACUAUACCCAAGAUUACUUUUCGAUGCUCGAGUGUGUGGGUAUGAUCUUCAUAUAUAUAAUCUAUUUAUGCAUUGAGAUUAUCGAGGGAUACUUCGAAAGAGCUGCUAAUAGUGCCAUGGUCAUUUUGGACACCAGGUUCCGGCCUACCGCUACAAGAGAAACAGUGUAUCGUCGGGUAACCAUAUCAUCGAUAGGCUCCACCGACCGUAAAGAACGUACCACCAUCAACACGAAUGUCACACGACUAGUAGACUACAGGGUUACCAAUCCAAAAAAUGAGGAUCUCUUCGAGGGCUUCGUACAGGCCAUACAACCAAUCGACCCGGAUUAUUGGCGCAAUUCCGGAUAUACAAUUCGGAUUGCACUCAUCAUGCUAUCCCCCCUGAUGUUCAUAUUCUUGUUACUCAUUCCCAUGGUUAACUUGGGACGCAGACGCCAUGGCUGGUCAAAGCUUCUUAACUGCGCCCACAUCGUGAUCACACCCAUGUUUAUGAGUAUCGCCAUAAUGCUUUAUAAAAUUACACCGUUAAUUUUUUACCAGCUGUGCAUCACAGUGCCUCUUGCCAUUAUUGCCUUCAAAAACUCUCGCACAGAUAUUCCGCCUUCCUACCACUUUGGCUUCGUCAUCUUAGGCACUCUGGGUUGCAUAACCGUACAAUACGUCUGCACCACUGAAAUGGAGGAGAUACUACAGGUGUGUGGCAUGAUACUGGGUCUAUCCAGGGACUUCAUUUCCGCGACCAUCAGCUGUUGGGGCGCCUCGAUCUGUACGAUUGUUAUCAACGUAAUACUGGCCCAACAUGGAUAUGCCGCUAUGGCCAUCGCCGCCAGCUAUGCGGGACCGUUCUUUAGUUUUAUUAUGGCAAUAGGUUGCCUGCCCUUAUAUCGUCAUAUUAUGAACACCUAUGUGACUUCACAUUGUAGCUACUAUCCGGUCGCCUAUAUCUUUCUUAUGAUUUCGCUAUCGAGCUCUCUGAUCUGGUGUCUUCUUUUUAACUUUUAUGGACGCCGCUCCGUUGGUAUAUUCAACAUUAUGAUCUACAUUCUAUAUAAUAUAUAUUGUGUACUAUGCGAAAUGGAGAUCAUACACUCCUAUGCCGAGGAGACCGUGAUCGAUAUUGUCUGAAUUUAAGAAAGUACGCAUUUAUAUAUAUCAUUUAGAGGUGUAAUAUAAUGUUA